AUGCUUCUCCUAGUGCCGGCUAAUUUCCUGCCAUAUGGGUAUGGAGACAUAGUGAACACAAUUUCAGAUGAUGGAAGCUCUGAAGCCAUUUUCUUGCAGCAGCCUUUCAAAUACUUUGGACGCACGUACAAUCAGAUCUAUGUGAACAACAAUGGUCACCUGACUUUUACUCAACCACUGUCUGCCUACGUUCCUUAUCUGAACGCUGAAAUAGACAUCAUUGCUCCUCUGUGGACUGACCUUAACAAUCGCAACGGUGGAACUAUCUCCUACAGAGAGGAGAGAAGUAGUGCUGUACUGGCACAAGUCACUCAAGCUGUUAACCAAUAUUUCCCUCACAUUGGUUUUACCGCUACAUCAGCCUUUGUUGCUACCUGGGACAGUGUGCCAUACUUCUCUGGUGGAGGGGAGGUUACUUUCCAAGUGGUUUUAGUCUCCAAUGGUGACCGCUCUUUCAUCCUGAUCAACUAUGGUGACAUUGCACAAACAGGUCAAGUUUGGCUGGCUGGUUAUGACACGCUGGACUCUGUCAGUUCUUUCACAAUUCCAGCAGCCAGUGCCCCAGAACUCUCAUCCAGCAGUAAUAUCAAUGUGAAUGGUCGCUGGUCUUUCCAUGUUGAUGGUUCGCUAAACUGUAAGCCAGAGUUGCCUGUUUGUCGGCAACUGCCGGCUAAUUUCCUGCCAUAUGGGGAUGGAGACGUGGUAAAUCCCAUUUCAGAUGAUGGAAGUUCUGAUGUCAUUUACUUGCAGCAGCCUUUCAAAUAUUUUGGACGCACAUACAAUCAAAUCUAUGUGAAUAACAACGGUCACCUGACUUUUACUCAACCACUGUCUGCCUACGUUCCUUAUCUGAAUGCUGGAAUAGACAUCAUUGCUCCUCUGUGGACUGACCUUUACAAUGUCAACGGUGGAACUAUCUCCUACAGAGAGGAUACAAGUAGCGCUGUACUAGCACAAGUCACUCAAGCUGUUAACCAAUAUUUCCCUAACGUGCCUUUUACCGCUACAUCAGCCUUUGUGGCUACCUGGGACAGUGUGCCGUACAUCACUGGUGGAGGGGUGGUAACUUUCCAAGUGGUUUUAGUCUCCAAUGGUGACCGCUCUUUCAUCCUGAUCAACUAUGGUGAUAUUGCAGAAACAGCACAAUCUUGGCUGGUGAGUGGAGUGAAAAUUCAUACACAAUUUACGAUUAGCAGAAAUGAAUAA